ACAUGUUCAAGGGAGUUUCAAGUUUCGCUUCUUUGUCGACUAAUGGUAUUAUUUCAACAAGCAAUACCUUGGAAUUGAGACAUCCAAAUUAUUGGAGUCGUAAUCAUGACACGUGGAAUGUUAAUAAUUGGGACAUAUGCCUAAAACAAAUCUAUGACGAUAAUAAUACACAUCCCGCGUACAUGGCUGCAAUUAGAAUGCAAAGAGAAUUAAUUGUAAGUUCAAAUAAUGUUGUAACAAAUUUUGAAAAGGGUGGUGCUGGUGUACUUCAUGAUUAA